GGGUCAGUCAGCGUCAGUGAGACAGAGGCUGGCGUGCGUGGUGGAGGCGGCAGCUCCCUACCCUCUCACACAUACACACUUGCACACAGACACACACACACGCGCACGCACACGCCAGGCCUAUCUCAGUGUUUGGCGGUGCGUGAGGCUGAGUGUGAAGUGUCGAGCCGUGACGCCGAUAGUCGCUCAGUGUAAGUGCUCGUGUCCCAGCUGCGAGGGAUGAAGAAUUUGCAUCGGCGAAGUGAGAGAAGCACGGGCUGCCUUUUAAGUGCUGAGGGCGGCACCGUGAGAGCUGACUUUGUGCGUGUCAAAAUCUGCACCGAGGCACUAGAAGCUGAGAGAGAGAGAGGAAGAUCCCGCCCAUUCACAACGCUACGAGGACCCAAGCUCAUCCACGCGCCAUCCACCGCUUGGGAAAUCACCCGCCAGCCAAUCCGUCACGUCAGCCGCAAACCAGGAAAUAUAUAGCACUGUUCUCACAAGACGCCAUCAUCAUCCCCUCAUCCCCACGCGCCUCCCGCCAUCACGACACCCAGCACCACUACCUCAGCACCCACGACUUGCCACUCCCUCGAACCAGCUUCCUCGUGAUCCUUUGGCAGGACAAGAGGCGCCUUCCACUGUACCCUAUCUAACACGUGGGAGACAGUGAAGGAGGAAGGAACGCACUGACUCUGCUUCUACCUCAUUGCUACUGGAGGCUAGAGAGGAAGGGGCUACACAGGGAAGAUGAAACUGUGGGUGAUGGUGACGGUGGUGGUUGGGGUGCUGGCGGCGGCGGAGGAGGUGGGGGCUGCCAAAAAACGCUCACGUGCCCACAGGAAACGUCAUAACCGGAGGAAAUUGCACCAGCAGCACCAUGCGGCGGAGGGGGCGGCCGAGGCAAGGGAUGGGGAGCGCGGCGUCACCGUGCGGCCCUGGAAGGGUUGGCGCCGCUGGUGGGAGACUCAGUCCGGGGACGGCCGCGGCCGCCCAUACGGCCACCACCAGCACCUGGUCCGCCCGCGGCCCCUCCCACACGGCUCAGGCAGCUCAGGCUCCGACAGCCACCCGCUGGGAGGCCGUGGCUCAAGGCGACUACCUAACGCCUUGAUCAACGCCAGUCCCGCCCUGGGCGGAUUCUCACAGCUGGGGGGCGGGGCGGCAGGAGUGGGGGGAGCGGCGGGGCAACAGGACCUGGCGACGAUGGACCUCGGAGAGCUGGCGGGCGGCUUGUAUAGCGAGUGGACCAACUGGUCACGCUGCUCCCGACGCUGCAGACAGAGGCGCCGAAGGUCCUGCCGCGUACCCAUCGUGUGCGGGUCAGCCGUGCAAAAGGAGGAGAGGACUUGCUCGGGCGGGCGCUGCGGGAGGCGACCUUUCCACAUCAUACGCCCCGAGGAGUUCUCACGCCAGCCGCCCCGGAACGAUAUGCGUGUCCUGCUCAACUUCAACGCCAUGUUCUAUACCCGCUGGUCUCGCUGGUCGUCCUGCAGUAGGUCUUGUCUCACCCGCAGAUACAGGUCCUGCAAGUACCCGUUGUUCUGCGGCGGCAGCGUGGUGCACGAGGAGGCCUACUGCUACGUGGAGGGCUCCCUCUGCGAGAAGUGGUACCGCCGCAGCCGCCACCCGUCCUCUUCCCGCCGUCGCAAGGUCGCAGACGUGAACACCACGCCCUCUCCCGCCUCGCCACCGCGGCGCCCCGUGGAGGCCUCGCUGCCCCAGAAGUGCGGCGUCAGCAACGUGACGUCUUCUGCGUUAGAUCUCCGCAUCAUCGGCGGCAGGAUGGCGCAGCCCGGGGAGUGGCCGUGGCAGGUGGUCAUCCUUAACCGUUACCACGACGCGUUCUGCGGCGGGACGCUGGUUGCCCCUCGCUGGGUGCUGACGGCGGCUCACUGCGUCAAGAGGAAGCUGUACGUGCGCCUGGGCGAGCACGACCUGGCGGUGCACGAGGGACCCGAGAUAGAGUACAAGGUGGCGCGGUCGGUGGUCCACCCCCACUACGACCCGACCACGGUGGAUAACGACGUGGCGCUGCUGCUGCUGCCGGAGCCCGUGGAGCCCGGGCCGCACGUGUCGCCCGCCUGCGUGCCGGAGCAGGACGCGGAGCUGCCGGUCGGGGAGUCCUGCACCAUCAUCGGCUGGGGAAAGGAGCGCAACACACACUUUUUCGGCACAGACGUACUCAACGAGGCCGAGGUGCCCAUCAUCGACAACAAGAUGUGCGAGGCCGUCUACGAGGACUACUAUAUCACCUCCAACAUGUUCUGCGCGGGGUACAAGCGAGGGCGGGUGGACUCCUGCGCAGGGGACUCGGGCGGCCCGCUGCUGUGCCACCGUCAGGGCCGAUGGCACAUAUACGGCAUCACGUCCUUCGGUGAGGGGUGCGGCAAGAAGGGGAAGUUCGGGAUCUACGCGAGGGUCUCCAACUACAGGACGUGGAUUCAGUCCGUCAUCACCACCAUUCACUCCUGAGCACCCUCUGCUACUGCCUCGCCAUGCAGUCCCUUGUGUCGCCGCGCGAGGGAGGACUAAGACUUUAAAUGAAGUUCACGUCCGCAGUGUACCUAGGCAUCGGUGGUUCAGUGGUGGAAGCAAGUGCGGUACAACUGGCCCCGUGCACGUCCUGACCACCGUAGCAGCUCGUUGUUUGUGUGUUGGAGAGCAUAACUCAGCUUUAGUGAUUGCGUUUGUUUGUUUUGUUUUUGUUGAUUUCGUUUUCUUCAAUCGAGUGGUGUCAAUGUUGAGGUUAUGUUCGAAAGAUGCAACUAUUUAUGCGAGAAAUUCAGGCAUAUUAGAUAUUUGUUUCAGAAUAUCAGGCGAAAAGCCAUGCAUAGAAUUUUCUCCUCGCUGUAAGAGUGCAGGCGUGGAUAUCCCCCGAGGCCUCCUCCGUGAAGGGCAAAGAGAGGCCGUCUGCGGCCCGAGGCGACGAGAUGUGGUCCAGGACCUCCUGACGAGUGGCCCGAUACCUUCCUCCCUUCGUCAGCGUCCCCGUCACCUGAGCACCUGAACGUGACCUGACGAACGUGAUAUAUCACACACACACACACACACACACACACACACACACACACACACACACACACACACACACACACACACACACACACUUACGAAAGAAAUAAUAUAUUUAUAGCUCUAUAUAGCAUUUAUACUUUUUUAUAAUAAAAAUGUAACAAAAUGUGCUGAUAUCACUCAUCAAGGGAUACGAAUGGGAACGGAGCAGGAUGCAGACAAUGUGUUCUGCUUUGGCCCGUGUCACGCCGGAAACGUGAAAGCGUUCGCGGCUGGCUCAGUGCAUAAUUACGGUAAUGAUCUACUCAGUGUCGAUGGCCCACAACGCUAACUCGACACCAUGUGGCCGUGAAGAAGGGAUGGCAGAGGUGGAAAUUUUCGAACGGUCUUCAGGUAAGGCAUUUGUCUUUGAUUCUCAAUGAUGAAAGGACGAAAAAGUCAUCUUAGCAGCUCUUCGUGACUCUUUAGGUACAAUAUUCAUACCGAAAAACCGAAAAACUGUAGAGAUGUAUGACUGAAAAGUGACUUGCGUCAACUAUCCAAACACAUGUAUGUCCGCUUCAGCCGCACGCCAGUUCACUCCUCGGACGUCAGGCUCAGCAUGAAGACACUCGUCCUCCUCCAGCUCUGCUUCGUCAUGCUGCUCGUGUUGCCGCUCUCUGAGGUGGCAGGAGCCCCACUCAAUAAUAUAUUGAACACCGUGACUCCUCCGUGCCCCACUUGUUACACUGAAAGCAACGGGCAGUGCUUCUUUCAGUACUAUAACUUUAAGUGCUGGUUUGGAGGCGGCAUCACCUUGGACAUGGGAUCAUCGUCGUUGGUGAUAUGAGAUUCUUCCGUUUGCCAAUGCCGUGGGAACAGCUAGCUAACGAGAGGCGAGCCAAGUAUAAGUGUCACGUCCACAGAAACAACGCCGAGUUGCAGCCACCGCUUACACCGCCUUCUACAGUAGACUCACCACUACACAGAUAGGAAAUGAGAUCAUGACUACUGAAAUAAAUCAAAUACACUGAGAGCACCAUUCAAAGUGUCACCCCGGGAGCCUCUCCAGUCUCUACAUCAAAAUCCAGUCGCAGCAUUUUUGUGUGCGAACAUGUUUUUCCGCUGCCUGCUGCUGCUGCUGCUGCCGCCCGUGCUGCUGCCCGUGCUGCUGCUGCCAGUGUCUGCCUGUACGUGGGGUAUCUGGAGUGGUUGACUGGUUUCCAUGUAAUGUGGCAGUUGAAUCAGAUUAAACAACCUUCCUUUUGGA